AUGGAGUUUGUGUUCGAAGCAGCGCUGAGGCCACAGCAUCCACAGCUCGGGCAGUGUCCCCCCGCUGCUGGGCGUUCCCGUGCUGGGGUGCCAAGAGGGGCUGCGACGUGUGUGCGGGCGGAGGGCGGGCAGUGCCCGGCGUGCCCGCUCUUGCCGCCGCCGUUGCCGCGGGCGGGACUCUCCGGGCGGGGGCUCGGCGGGGAAGGGGCCGGGGCGCGGCGGGAGCCCCAUUGGCUGCCGGCAGCACAUGUCGCCCGCCCGGCUAUAAAGGCGGCCGCGGCCGCGCUGCAGCCCGUCCUCCUGCCUUCACGUUUCCACAGGGACGCCGUCAGCUCCAGUGCCGCCGCCAUGGCCAUCGACGCGUUUUUGGGUAAAUGGUGCCUCAUCUCCAGCGAGGGCUUCGACGAGUACAUGAAGGAGCUGGGUGUGGGUAUGGCCAUGAGAAAAAUGGGAAGCAUGGCCAAGCCAGACGUUUACAUUAUUCAGGAUGGGGACACAAUCACCAUGAAAACAGAAAGCACCUUCAAAACUUCACAGUUCAGCUUCAAGCUUGGUGAGAAAUUUGAGGAAAACACAUUAGAUGGCAGGAAAACUCAGACCCUUGUCAGCUUAAAAGAUGAUGGCUCAUUGCUUCAAGAGCAGGAAUGGGAUGGCAAGAAGACCACAAUAACAAGGAAGCUCGUGGAUGGAAAAUUGGUGGUGGAGUGUGACAUGAAUGGUGUCAAGUGUGUUAGAGUCUACCAGAAGGCAUGAGGACAUCUUCAGGUUCAGUAGGAACUUGCUGCAAACAACUCAGUUCAGUGGACAGAGAUCCUUUUCACUCCGUAUUUUCCUUUUCCCUGUUUUCUAGUAUUUCAAUGGACUGAGUAGCUGAGUGCAAUUCUUUUUAAAGGCCGUGAUGUAACUAUUAUGUAACUAUUCUGAACUUAGGCUAUUAAAUAAAAUUGUUGAAUAUAUGAAGUGGAAACAUUGUUACUAAUGGAAUUUUAAGUGAGGUUUCAAAAAAACCAACCCCAUUUUGGUUUUAGGCUAUAGUACAAUCUGCCUUCAGCACAAAACAAGCCAAUAUAUCACAAACAUUCCUACUUUCUAAGAUAGUAAAAUUUGAAAUUGAAACAACUCCACAGCCCAAACUUCAAAUAUUUUUUCUAACUUCCAUGUUGCAAAGUAACUAGAAUUGUGUGGGUAUAAAUAGGAGAGAAACUAAAUUGGUGUUUAAGUAGAGGAAUUGAUUUUCAGGAUUAGUUUGGAAUUUUUUGUGUUUCAAACCCACAGUUUUCUUAAUUUCAAUACAUAAUACCCACAGUUUUCUUAAUAUAUAAUACCCACAGUAUUUCUCAAUAAAUAAAGAAAACAGUUUUCCUAAUCUCAAGAUAUACCAGUAAGCCAAUGAGCAUGAUAAAUCUAAGCAAGCACAUACACACUUUCUUGAACAGAAGCCUUAUUUUAAGAAGACUUUUCCUAGCAAAAUUCUUAUUCCAAUGUCUAGUAACAUUCUAAAAAUUCUUAACGAAAAUUGCUGAAAUACUGCCUAAAACCUAAAACCUCAUUUUUUUUUUUUAACUUGUUUGAAACACCUAGCAAUGGAGCAUAUAUGCUUUGAAGUGCCAUAAUAAAUAAUCAGAAAUAUCA